GGUGCGUUACCUAGGUAGUAACGGCCGUAUCGCUAAACUCGAAGCUUCAAAACGGGCAGUCCACAAACCAACGGGGUUGCUAGCGUUAGCUAAAAGUUAGCUUUCCAAAAAGUCUAAGAACAGAAGCUGGUAAAGAUUAAACUCACUGCUGUGGGGAGCCGAAGAUCUGCGGCGGUCAGAGAGAGCCAUCAUCAUCCAUCCAAAGUCUUCUAUCAACAAGCUUUCAGUCAGUCACAGGGAGGCUGCUGUUUUGAUUUGAUUUGUCAGUUGGUCGGUUUGUCAGUUGGAGCUUAUUGGCGUUUCACAGCAACCCUCCAGGAGACACGACGAGGCAAUGAACAGAGACCGGUCAGAGACAGAAAUAAAAAGAAGAAAUGAAGGAUGAAAAGAGGAGAAGAUACCUCACAGUCCAGGUGGAGAAGGGCGGAGUUAGACGGGCUGUCAGAGGAGUCCUCAACAGGUCAGCGGGGCGCUCUGACCUCGGCGGCUGGAGGAAGUUCAGAGGUCACCUGUCGGAGGAGGGGCGGAGCCUGCUGCCGUUUGGUCUGGGGCUGCUGAUGGCGUCCGUGUACGGAGCCAUGGCUCUCUUCCUGCAGAAUCAGCCUCUGUGGCUGUGCGUCUACACCACGCUGACUCUGGCCGUCCUGGCCGCCUUCGGCAUGGGACUGUCCGCCGCCGUCCGCGCCGACGUCUCCGUGCUGAUGCCCACGCUCUGCUCAGCUCAUGGCAGGAAGUUCCUCCUCUUCCUGUUUGUGUCGCUGCUGCUCACCGGUCCUCUCAGCAACACCUUAGAAAACACAGAGCGAGCCGCCUCCAGCCUGCUGUGUAGCGCCGAGCUGGCAGCCAAUCAAACGCAAGAGCUGAUGCAGAGAGCAGCCACGCCCCUUUACUCCGUGUUGGACACCAUCCGAGAGAUCAGCGGUAACGCUCACGCUGUGGCAGGAAGAGUCCAGGACCUGAUCCUCGCUCUGACGGACGGCGUCCGACACAUUGCUCGCACCCUGAGAAGCGUCCUCCACUUCCUGGUUGACAUCGGUGACGUGUGCAACGACAAGCUGGGCUCCCCGUACAGGAAGUGCCGAGCGGUGUUCUCCGAUGCUCGAGCCGACUGCUCCGAGCUGCUGGGAGAGUUCAACUUCCUGUGUGACAUCAUGGACGGCUUCCUGCCGCUCUGCAGCCUGGCCCGCGCUGGUGAGCUCUUCUGUAUCCUCCCGUCCUACAUCGGCAGCCAGCUGAAGAAACGUCUGGCAGCUCCAACCGUGGCAGCGUUUGAGCGAAUGAAGCGAGAGUUUGAGUUCAACAUGUCUGCCUCGGUGACCUUUGACCUGGAGGCCAACAGCAGCGUGACCCUGCAGCAGCUGUCCCAGGACAUCAUGGACGAGGUCUCGUCUGACCUGCAGAUGUUCCAGAUGUUGAGCCAACCGCUGACCUACGCUGGCCUGCUGCUGCUCGCCUUCUCCUUCCUCAGGGCGGUGCAGUACAGACGCAGGUAUCUCCGUGACCUCAGCUUUGACAACGUCUACAUCAGCGCUCAGUUCGAACAGCUCGACCAAAAGAUGAUGUCAGAGGGCGGGGCUUCAGUCCUGCCAAUCACACGCAGAGAGGCUCAAACCUACAUCACCCCACUGUCUCUGCAGCUGUCGGCGCGGGAGUGGCGUGCGAUGUACGUGUCUGUGGUCUCGGUGCUCAAACACCUGCUGGUGGGCCUGGUUCUGGUGGCGCUGGACUUCCUGGUGUUCUGGAUGAUGGAUCAGGUGCACCACCAGGUGAAGGGGGACGUCUUGGCCAGAGCGCCGGUGACGGUGACGCUGCAGGUGAACGGGUCGGGCUACGCCUCGGACAUCUUCCGAGACCUGGUGGCUUCGUUCUCCGUCCUGCAGCGAGGGAACGUCACCGUGAUCAGCAGGAAGUGUCUGCUGCCUCCGUCGGAGCCGGACUACCUCGGCUGCUUCGUCCUGGGGUUCCUGCUGGGUCUGGCUCUGCUGAUCGCUCUGUUCGGAGGUCUCGUGCAGCGCUGCAGACGACUCGUCUGCGCUUCAUAUCAUCCAGAGAGAGAGCUGGAGAGGAUCUGGUUCCUCCGGCAGCAGAUCCUGGAUCAGAGGCGGGCGGAGGGGAGAGCGCUAAGAACGACUGAAGGAGGAGGAGGAAGCCGCCUUCAAACUCUCCUGCUGAGGUUACCUGGAGGGUCUUACCUGUCUCACCUGCUGGGUCUGUCGUCAGUCAGCUGUCUGUUCUGUGGCGAGGCGCUGAGACCCGAGGACGACAACACGACAGCCUGUGAUGUCCCCCAGUGUCCAGGCGUGUACUGUCGGCCGUGUUUCCUCAGUUUGAGAAACACGUGUGUCAUCUGCGCGCGACCUCUGACCUUCCAGGAAGACGGCGAGGAGGAGCGGGACUCCAGCGAUGACGAGCAGCUGAACCAGAUUCACAUCGCUGACACACCACUGAUGAAGAGGAGAGACGUCAGAGAGAGAGACAGCAGAGAGAGAGAGACGAGAGACGAGGGAGAGAGAGACAGCAGAGAGAGAGACAGCAGAGAGAGAGACGAGGGAGAGAGAGACAUCAUAGAGAGAGACGAGAGAGAGAGAGACAGGAGACUGGACUCUGACUCUGUCAGUGAAGUGUCGGACGACAGCGAGGACUCCUUCUACUCCUCCAGAGGCCUCCAUACCGUCAUCGUACACGGACCGGACGAGCCCCCAAAACCUCCAGGAUCCUGAUCCAAAAACCAUCUGCUGCUUUCAGCACAAAGGUCACUUUGUAAUUAAAGUUAUUAAGCAUGAAA